ACGCACCAGAAUCCCAAGAAGAGAAUAAAACCAGAGUUCCUUCUCGCCAGGAAGCUCACAACGCAGUCUUAACCAGACAGAAAUACUCGAAUCUCCCAAGAGGCCAUCAUUUCUGAGGAAUUUUACCAGUGAUUCUGUGCGUGGGACGAUGAGGUUGCAGAUCUGGUCUCUGAUUCUUGCCGUUCUGGCAAACAGCGGAGGAGCUCUUGAGAUUUCCACCGUCCUGGACACUGCAGCGUCCGCCAAAGUGGCCACUCUGGGCUGCCAUCGGCGGGUGUAUACCUAUCGUGUCACGCAGACCGACCACAAGGGCCGCGAGUGUUGGGACGUCGUGAGCGUGAUGAGUUGCUGGGGCCGCUGCGACUCCAACGAGAUCAGCGACUGGAAGUUCCCCUUCAAGCGCUCCUACCAUCCCGUGUGCGUGCACGCCGGUCGCUCCCCGGCCGUGGCGGUGCUGAAGAACUGUCAUCCCGAUGCGGAGCCCGAAACCAGGCGCUAUCACUACACCGAAGCCAUCGCUUGCCACUGCCAGACGUGCUCCACGCAAGACACCAGCUGCGAAGCCCCCAAGGAGACCCACAAUGAGUCCGCCGUGAAGGUGCUGGCGCUCACCGGACCGGCAGCAGACGACCUGGACUAUUAGAAAACCCACAGAAUCAUGGCAAAAUGAGAAAAUGUUAUGAAUAAAAUAAAUCCUCGCAUCGACACUGGAAAACUCUUGCAAAUAUUGCGCAUCCACCUUGAGAUGACUCAAAGAAGAUCCUGGAAGCACCUGCUGUAGACAAAGAUUGUAAAUUAGAGCCCCAAAGCAAGUGAUGAAAAUAAAUUUAUCGUGCGGAAUAGAA